AGGGGACUUGUGUAAAUUGUUCGCGUUUUCUUCGUUAAUCAGAAUAUUCUGUUUUUUUUUUCAUUCGUUCUUUGCAUUGCCGUUCUCGCGAGGUUUUCGGUCGCUCUCCGAGAGAACGCGCCGCGCCGCGCCGAGUGUGUUGUUUGUUUUGAUUGCGGUGAAUGCUUGUGCUGCAACCGCGAUAAACUCGCAUCGAAAUUCGUGGCCAUAGUUCGGCCAAUCUUUGCUAAGCCAAAUCAAAAUCGGGGGCAUGUCCCGUGGACUGGUAGAACAACCGCAACGACCGUAAUUAAAUUCGUCCCGCCGGACAAAAGCAUUGCGAACAAAAUGGAAAAGAGCCGAAGUGAUAAAAACGAUGUGAAGAAACAGGAUAACGACGCAGAAGAUGUUCCUCGUGUGCGGAAUUUAGUGCUCCGUUCGGUGUGUUCCGUCUACCUGAUGGCAUUUAUUAGCUUUUAUUGCCAGGCAGAAGGGCUCUACGGAGACGCCGGCAUCCUGCCGGCGAAUCGGAUUCUGGAGAACGGCACGCUGAAGGAGCGAUUGAGCCUUCUGCAGCUGGCCCCGUUCCUCGGGUUGGGCGCGAGCCACGAGACGAUCGAUUUGCUGUGUCUGCUGGGGGCCACGAUUGCAUUCGUGGGCCUGGUGUCCCGAGCCCACUGCCGGUUGGUCAGCUUCAUUGCGAUGUGGGCACUGUAUUUCUCGCUCGUGCAAAUUUCGCAAUCCUUCCGCCAGCAAGCCGAUCACCUGCUGCUCGAGGCCGGCUUCCUGUGCAUCCUGCUGGCCCCCGCUCGGCUAACGGACGGUCGCAAUCCGAUCGAAGACAUUGCGCUCCUGCUGCUGAAGUGGCUCGUGUUUCGGUUCAUGUUCGCCUCGGGAUCGGUCAAGCUGGCUAGCGGCUGUCCGCUGUGGUGGUCACUGGACGGCUUGAAGCGCCACUACGAAACGAUGCCCCUGCCCACCUCGUACAGCUGGUACACGUACCAGCUGCCGGACGCAUUCCAUCGGCUCAGCACGAUCUACGUGUAUCUGAGCGAGCUCGUCGUUCCGUGGCUAUUUUUCGCGCCCAAUCGAACCGUCCGCCGGUUUGCCUUCGUUUGGCACGCCUUUCUCCAUCUGAACAUCAUCGGGUGUGGCAAUUACGGAUUCCUGUCCCCGCUCGUGCUAACCCUCCUGGUGACCCUGCUCGAUGACGACGACAAACUGCUGCUCCGGUUGACGGGGGAACGGCAGCCGCCGAAAGUGCGGGGUCGUGGGUCCGGCCAGGGUCCGCGCCAGCAAACCGAGGCGAGUGACGCAUCGGAACGAACCGGUAGCCGCAUCGUUAGGGCAAUUGGCGCCCUGAUGGUGGUCGGCUCGUGGAUUUGCUUCGGUGUCGGAUUUUCGUCCGACGGUCAGCUUACGUUCAAGGCGGCCUUCUCGAGGGACCAGUACUUGAACAUUAUGCAAACGAUGGUGCACGCCGCUCCGUUGCUGGUGUUUGCCCUGCUCGUGCGGAAGUUCCUGAGGCUGCUCUCCUUCCAGGACACCGUUGGAAGUUUGGCCGAAGGCGUGCGUCAGUUUACGAAAAAUGUCGGCCUGUUUAUCGCCACCAUCGUCGCGUUCACGGUGUUCUUCAUGUCGAUCGUGCCACACUCGCGGCUGCUACCGAGUACGGCCAUCUCUUCGCGAGCGAUGACACGGGCGUAUGGUGGGCUGCACAGUCUGUACGUCGUGAACCAGUACGGCCAGCACCUGUCCAAGAUGCGCCCGGUGCGCCGUGAGGUCGUGCUGGAGUACGCGAACGACGUGAACGGAACCUGGCAAGAGUACGGCUUCCGUUACAAACCGUGGACCCAGGAACGGGCUGCUUCACUACCGUACGCCGGGCUGUACUUUCCGCGGUUCGAUUUUAAGUUCUACGAUGCGGCCGGCUCGAAGACCGAUGCCCAGCGGUGGUUCUACCCGAUGGUGCAGCGUCUCCUGCAGCAUCAACGCCCGGUACUGGAGCUGUUCGACGGGGCACACGUUCCGGCGAGGGCUCCCCGAUUCAUCCGAGCAUCACUGUAUCGCUUCUCGUACACCACGUUCCCGGCGGCCGGUGGCUUUUGGACCCGCGAGCGCCUGGCGGAUUACUUCGGCGUGUUCUCACUGGGCGAUGCCCAUCUGCGCGACAAGUUGAAACAAAUGGGCUUUCGAGCGACGGCGGACGACGGUGCGUCGUCCUGGAACUGGUUGCUGCGCUGGCUGCUGGACGCCAUCCGGCGCUUCGUGGCCACUAUCGAGGGCAGCUAUCUCGUGACGGGACUGGUCGUGGCAGCUGCCGCGCUUAUCUACACCCAGACCCAACAAGAGCGCGUCGCUUCGCGGACUCGGCAACACGCCGCAUCCUAGAGAGAGACAGAGCUGAGGGCCACAUGCCAAACACGGUGUCAAUUGUAGUCAAUUGUAGCGCAAAAACGCAAACUAAGAAUCCUAUCGCACAGCAACGGCACCCAACCCUGGCACGCCAUGGAUAAUAAAGUACACAAAAU